GUCAAGUCCUUGUCACUUGUCAAGUCAAAUCCUCAAUUAAUUGAUUUUAUUUGAGAAAUUCUUUCGCGGGUUAUGAAUUUAUUUGAUAUUACCUAGGUACCUAGUUGAUUUACUGUUGAAGAAAUAAUCAUUUUAUGUAACAAUGAGUUUCAAACCUGUAACACACGUAUUAUUCGAUUUGGACGGCUUACUUUUAGAUUCCGAAGUCCUGUACACGGAAACGUUUUCUACUGUCUGUGCUAAAUAUGGCAAGAAUUUCACAUGGGAAUUGAAGUCGAAAAUUCUUGGGUUUCAAGGGCAGGAAUGUGCUGACAAAAUAAUCACUGCUCUGGAUUUACCAAUAACCCGAGAAACAUUUAUGGCAGAAUGUCAAGCUGUUAACGAGGUACUGUUCCCUAAAGUGCAGCUUAUGCCAGGUGCUCAUAAGCUUGUAGAACACCUAUAUAAGAAAGGAGUGCCAAUAGCACUAGCCACAAGCUCUAGUAAGGAAAGUGUAGAUGUGAAAAUGCAGAAUCACCAAGACUUCCUGAAAUACUUCCACCAUCUCACUAUGGGGACUUCUGACCCUGAGGUCACUAAAGGAAAACCUGACCCUGCUAUAUUUUUGGUUAGCGCCUCUAGGUUCCCAAACACCCCUAAACCAGAAGAUUGUCUGGUAUUUGAAGAUGCUGUCAAUGGGGUUAAGGCUGCCUGUGCUGCCAACAUGCAAGUUGUUGUUGUACCUGAUCCCCGCAUACCUCCUGAAGAACUGACACAGGCAACUUUAGUCCUUAAAUCCUUGGAAGACUUUGAGCCGGAGCUCUUUGGUCUACCAGGGUAUGAUUAAAAUGCUAAAAGAUGCGCAGUAAUGUCUCAACCACAAUCUAUCUAUCACAUUCUUAUGAUAUUAGUUAUUAUUUUAAUUUAUGAUGACUAGCUGAAAAUAAUUGCCUAUGCCUAUGUUUUUGUAGUGAUAUAGUCAUAUGUGGAAAAUACCUCUCCGACUAUCUCCACACCAAAAAUCACCUCAAUCAAAUGCUAUGUUUUGAUUUAAAAGAACAACCAACACUAUCACAUUUAUAAUAGAUUGGAUGGAAGUUAUGUAUUUCAUAUAACUAGAAGAACCUAAGUAGAUUUUCUAUGUAUUUAACCACUUGGGUAGUGUAAUGGUUGGAUAAGCUAUAUCUUUACAGAAAUCUUCAAUUUGAAAUUUGGAUUCUUGAAGGGGUUUGGAUAUUUUGAUAGCAAAACCUUUAUUUUUAAUAUUAUAUCUUAUAUUUUUUGUUAAUAAAAAUUGUUUAUAAGAAUGAUGGUUGUUAAGGUCAAAAUGAAAGUAUGCAGGUUAUAUUAAUUUUGUACUUAAUACGUAAGUUUUGUUGAAAUACAACUGUUUUUCACAAACUAUGAAUCUACCUCACAUAUAAUGUCACAAUUUUAUAGGUUUUCAGAAUCAUAAUAUGUUAAUAUACAUUUUUUACUUAUUUAUAAUGUUUUGUUACAUUUUAUUAUGUUUUAAACCUUCCACGCAACAUUUCAGUUAAUAUCUAUUAGUUAUCUGUAUCUAGUCAAAUAUUGUAAAAGUUAUAUUUGUGGUAAUAAAACAAUUGAUAGACAUUAUUAUAUAA